AUGUACUCGAAGCGAGAGUUCCUCAGGUACGGUAUCACCGAAUGCGACGAUGAGAACCCCCCCAAAGAGCCCGAAUGCCCGAUCUGCCACCUAGAAUAUGGCACCACCGACAACGACACGCCUGCCGAGCAUGCCAUACGGAUCGAGCACUGCGAGCACACCUUCGGAUCAGAAUGCUACCGACAAUGGAUCAUGCCAACGAACCAGCGCUACACCACCGGGGACGGACAGCGCAACGCGUGCCCGAUGUGCAAGGCCGUGUUGUUCGCACCCCCGUGGUACAAUCGCGACGACGAGGUGCCCAGUGACAUCGAGAUGGCUAGUGACAGCGAGGAGUCUAGUGACAGCGAGGACGCCGAAGCCGCCCAAGACUCGCACACUUACGACCCGAAUCGUGUCUACCCUCGCCGCUCCGCUUCUCCGGAAGAAAAUGCCCACCUACGACGCGUCUACACGCUAUAUCACAUGCGCAUGGCCAACCUUGACGAAAUAGAAGCACAGCGGCUGCUGUUGGGGGCACACGAUGUGGAGCAGAAGGAACUGGACCGCCGCGACGCUGCCGAGAAACUUCCGGACAAUCCGAUUGAAGCGGAACGUGUGCGUAUCCAGCGUGAGGCGCGGCGUGUGGUGGCAGAGAGGAAGAGGGAUGGGCUGGUGUUCAACAUUUGCGCCAAAGAGGCCCGAAACGCUCGGUUGCUGAGGGAGGAGGCGGACGAACGGCUUGCGGUGGAGGAGGUGACGUGGCGACAAAAGGUGGAUGAUGAGGGAGAAGAGCACUCGGAGCGUCGUCAGCCGGGGUUCAGGGUUCUCCCUGGUGGACGCUUGCGUUGA